AUGAACACUAAGGAGGCUGCAGGAGGAAGGUAUAAGGGACGCGUGUAUGGAGUUGGUCAUGUUGACUCUAGUGAUGAUUGUGUUGAAAGUUAUCUACAACAGACAGAAGCGUGCUCCAGUCAGAAAGCUGAUUCACAAAAAAUUAGUCAACUGACACAACGACUGGAAAGUAGUGAGCAGCGAUUGGAAAGUAGUGAGGAAAAAAUUUGUAUGAUGAGCUCCCAGUUUGAGUCCAUCCAGGCAUUCAUUGGCACAGUCAAUGCAAUCAGAAUAAUGCAAAAAGAAUGGAGAGUAGUAGAUACUUCAAUUACCUACGGAUAUAUACGUAGGUAA